UCCGUGUUUGUGAACGCUUGCCUGUCUUCAUUCAUGUAGACGUGCGCCUGCAUGUCUGGUUGUUUCUUUUUCUUGCUGUUUGUGCGCGCGUAUGUCGCUUGUAGUGACACUCAUUAAGACUUAUACAUGUAUAUGUAAAGAAUUGCUUGUGCGCAUGUACAGGUCGAUGCAUAUCUCAAAUAACUAUGAGAUAAACCAUAUCCGUCAAGUUUGUCGAAGCCACAUGACGUGUUAGGUUCCUUUCCUUGCGUUUAUCCUUUAAGAUAUUUCUUUUGAAUUAGUGUUUGUCUUUAUUGUGUGAAUGCUGGUUAGGUUUUUCUAUCUGCAGCAAAGCCUGCAAUGUAUUCACAAUUCAGAUCAUGUUUCUGUUGGCAAGAUAACAGGAACGGGUGCGCAUCAUGAAGGUCAAGACUAAAGGAGAAUAUGGGAUGAAAUUGGUGAGAAUGAUGUUGAAAGAGAUAAGAUGUUGCUGCAAUUGGAACAAGAAUGCUUGGAUGUAUACAGAAGGAAGGUUGACCAGGCAAGCAAGUACAAAGUAAAGCUGCACCAAGAACUGGCAGAUGCAGAGAAAGAAGCCAUUGACAUUAUUUCUGCGCUUGGAGAUCCACAUUCAUUUACUCGGUUGGACAAACCAAAGGGCUCAUUAAAGGAGCAAAUGUCAGCUAUAGAUCCUCUUCUCAAGGACCUUAGGCACAAGAAAGAAGAAAGAGCCAAGGAAUUCUCUGAGGUUCAAGUCCAGAUUAUCUCCAUUUGUGGAGAAAUAUCUGGCAAUGUUCAACUCAGUAAAUCUGCAACAUCAACCCGAUUCGAUGAAAGGGACUUGACUUGGAAGAGGCUUGCAGAACUAAAGGCAAAACAUGAGGAGCUUAGAAAAGAUAAGAAUGUUCGGCUGCAAAAGCUCAGCAAUUAUCUUCGUCUCAUACAUGAGCUAUCAGCUGUGAUGUCCCUGGAUUUCUUAAAGAUAAUAACUGAGGUUCAUCCUAGUUUGGGAGAUUCCACAAAUAGCCAACCAAAGAGCAUUAGCAAUGAAACUCUUGCCCGGUUAGCUGGGUCUGCACAUUCACUAACUCAGUUGAAGCAAGAGAGAUUGCAAAAGCUUCAAGAUCUUGGAAGUACAUUAGUGGAGCUAUGGAAUCUUAUGGAUAUUCCUAAGGAAGAAAGGAAGCGUUUUGAUAAUGUGGCUCGCUUGAUUUCUGCUUCAGUUGAUGAGGUUGUUGACAGGGGAGUCCUUGCUAUUGAAUCCAUUGAGCAGGUGGAGGUUGAAGUUGAGAGGUUAGACAAUCUGAAAGCUAGCAAGAUGAAAGAGCUGAUUUUGAAGAAGCAAGAUGAGCUGGAACAAGUUUACAAAAAUGCUCACAUGGAUGUUGAUACUGAAUCUGCAAGGCAGAUUCUUAUCAGCAUAAUUGAUUCAGGAAGCGUUAAUCUCUCUGAGCUGUUUGUGGGCAUGGAUGAUCAAAUUAGAAAAGCUAAAGAGCAGGCAAUGAGCAGGAAGGAUAUUCUAGAAAGAUUAGACAAGUGGACAUUUGCGUCAGAAGAGGAGAACUGGCUUGAAGAUUAUGAAAGGGAUCAAAAUCGAUACAGUGCUGGUAGGGGUGCACAUAAGAAUCUCAAACGGGCAGAGAAAGCAAGGAUUUUGAUCAGCAAAAUGCCAUCUAUGCUGGAGGCACUCAAAUCCAAAGUUAAUGCAUGGGAAAAGGAGAAAGGGGAGAUAUUUUUGUAUGACAAGGCUCCACUCUCACAAACUCUCGAGGAAUUUUCAGCUAUCCGUCUGGAACGAGAAGAGGAGAAGCGAAAAUCCAGGGAGCAAAAGAAACAGCAGGAGCAGUUGACAACCGAGCAAGAAAUGCUCUUUGGAUCAAGACCAAGCCCAAUAAGAACUGGUUCGACGAAGAAGACAUCGGGCCAGAACUCGACUGGAAACACGCCCUCUGGGACCCAGGUGAAUAAGCAUUUCCCAUCUCGACUUGGGUCAACUAGCAAGGACGGUAAGAAGGAGACACCAAAAAAUGGUGCCGAGGGCAUACCCAUAAACUACGUCGCUCUUCCAAAGGACGACAGCUUAACUCGGAAUUCAUCGACUCCCACGUCUCCUUGAUUUUUUCUGCAUUUAUAUAAUUGCUCCCCACUCAAUCGAGAGACGAAUGGCGGGCAGGUUUCCUCUACCUAGCCUUGCAGGUUCUGAGAGCAUGUACAUUCUUCAUCAUAGGCAUGAGAAAAUAAGUCUCCCUCUCUCUCUCUCUCUCUCUCUCUCUCUCUCUCUCUCUCUCAUGCACACACAUCAUAGACGUGCACUUCAUACAUGUAUCUGCUACUGAUGCUUGUGGACUCCAUAUAGCCAUGACGAAUCCUUGUAUGUAGUUA